UGAAAAUGUACGUCGUUUUGAACGUCUGCACCGAUUGGUCGUCGGUACCUUCUCGGAACAGGAAGUGACCACCAGGAGUCAAGAUGGGGACUCGUUUGAAGGUCCUGAGUGUGUUUAAAGCCUUGCACAGGACCCGGAUGGCUGUGUUUAAAGAUGACCACAGAGCACUGACAGCUGCAAGGUUAAAAAUCAACGAGGAGUUCCGGAAAAAUCGAAAUGAAAUGUCAGAGGAAAAUAUCAAUAAGAUGAUCAAAAUGGGCUCAGAUGUGGAAAUAGUCCUCCGAGAAUCUGUCCUGCAAAUGGAGCACGUAGGAGAGGAUAAGCUAUUGCUGCGACCCAGAGAGAGUCUUAUGCUGGAAAACGUACCUUAUUGUGACCAGCCCAGGAAAAAGUCAUGACAAAUCAUCACAGACUGCGUAGCUGCAUCAAAAAGCCUCACCAUCAGCCGUUACGUCACCCGUCUGCAGAUUCAUUCAGCCGACUGUCCUCAUCAACUACAAGAGAACGCCGAAAAAUCAUAACUGCAUGGACAAAUGCCCUGUUUUUGAUUUGCUCAGGAUCUCAGCUCCCCUCCUUUAAGACUUUGUGCCAUGCACUGCAAAUGGUAAUUUCAUGUACAGUGUUUUCAAAUUCAAUGUAAUAUGAACUUUUUUUCAUUUGUCGUGGAGGUGCUGUCCCCUCGUACCACACCUGAGCUGCUUACUGGACUGAAGUUCAAAGGGAUAACAAGAUUAUUGUACUGCUGCUUAUAAUGUUGCAUUUUGUUCUGCUAAUAGAGUUACAUGUCUUUACUGUC